AUGAGGGGCUGCCGCCUCUGCAGAUUCGACGCAGUCCGGGGCCCGCGGCGGCUUAUGCGCGUGGGCCUCGCGCUGAUCCUGGUGGGCCACGUGAACCUGCUGCUGGGGGCCGUGCUGCACGGCACCGUCCUGCGGCACGUGGCCAAUCCCCGCGGGGCGGUCACCCCCGAGUACACCGCUGCCAAUGUCAUCUCCGUGGUCUCAGGGCUGCUGAGUGUUUCCCUGGGACUUGUGGCCCUCGUGGCGUCCAGAAAUCUCCUUCAACCACGAUUGCACUGGGCCAUGCUGGCAGUAGCUCUGGUGAACCUGCUCUUGUCCACCGCCUGCUCUCUGGGCCUCCUCCUUGCUGUGUCACUCACUGUGGCCAAUGGUGGCCGCCGGCUCAUUGCCGACUGCCAUCCAGGACUGCUGGAUCCUUUACUACCGCUGGACCAGGGGCCUGGACACGCUGACUGCCCUUUUGACCCCACAAGAAUCUAUGAUACAGCCUUGGCUCUCUGGAUUCCUUCUUUGCUCAUGUCUGCAGUGGAGGCUGCUCUGUCUGGUUACUGCUGUGUGGCAGCACUUACCCUCCGUGGGGUUGGGCCUUGCAGGAAGGAAGGGCUGCAGGAGCAGCUGGAGCAACUGACAGAGCUUGAUCAUCCUAAAUGUAAGGGGCAGGAUAAUGAGCAGCUACUGGAUCAAAAUCAAGAAAUGCAGGCAUUCCAGAAAAGUUGGGCUUAG